CCUUACCACACAGUCUAUCGUCGUAUCCUCUAUUUAAGACUUAAUUUCGUUCCCUUUUUCCAAUCUGGUUUCCCAACUCGCAGAAAGCUCGUGGGUUUUUGGAGAAAGGUUACACGUGAAUAAAGGAUGAGUACCUUGGAGGCCACCAGAGCCGAGCUUGGUCUGAUAGUUCUGUAUCUGAAUAAGGCGGAGGCAAGAGACAAGAUAUGUAGAGCGAUACAAUAUGGUUCGAAGUUCUUAAGUAAUGGACAGCCGGGCACCGCCCAAAACGUUGACAAGUCCACGAGCUUGGCGAGGAAAGUUUUCCGUCUUUUUAAGUUUGUCAAUGAUCUUCAUGCUCUUAUUAGUCCAGUUCCAAAAGGAACUCCACUCCCGCUUGUUCUGCUGGGAAAGUCCAAAAAUGCGUUGCUGUCAACGUUCUUGUUCCUGGAUCAAAUCGUCUGGCUUGGUAGAACUGGAAUCUACAAGAACAAAGAACGUGCUGAGCUGCUUGGACGGAUAUCACUCUUCUGCUGGAUGGGAUCUUCGAUAUGCACAUCCCUGGUGGAGAUAGGGGAGAUCGGGAGGCUCUCAGCAUCGAUGAAGAAGUUAGAAAAGGAGCUUAAGGAGAGUGAUAAAUACCAAAAGGAGGAAUACCGUGCAAAACUACAGAAAUCCAACGAGAGAACGUUGGCUCUGAUCAAAGCAGGGAUAGACGUAGUUGUAGCUGUCGGAUUACUUCAAUUGGCACCAAAGAAAGUAAAUGCCCGUGUUACCGGCGCUUUUGGAUUCACCUCCUCUCUUAUCUCUUGCUAUCAGUUGCUGCCGUCGCGUCCAAAGGCCAAGGCUGCUUGAGGAGAGAUCCCAGCCCAAGAGAAGGGGAGUUCCUUCCUUACCUAAUAAUGCUCCUUCAGUGUUUUUCUUAAGACGUGGCGUUGUGUAUUAAAAGAAAAAGAAAACCUCGUCGGCAACUUGUUUUGUCAGCUGACCAACCUCACCCUCUUUGUAGUAAUAACACCUUCCUUACACAAGACAUUUGCUCAA